CCUUGUGUUGUUCCUUUUCAGCUUGGGUUGGAAAAGACGUGGCAUAUGAACACAUCCUGCGUGGUGGAGUGCCCUGUGAACUGUCAGCUGUCUGACUGGUCUCCGUGGUCUGAGUGCUCUCAGACUUGUGGCCUUUCUGGAAAGAUGAUACGAAAGAGAAUGGUUAUCCAACCCUUCCAAGGUGAUGGGAGACCAUGUCCGUCACAAAUGGAGCAAUUCAAACCCUGCCCAGUCAAGCCUUGCUAUCGAUGGCAAUAUAGCCAGUGGACUGACUGCAAGGUCGAGGAUGCUCAGUGUGGAGAGGGCAUAAGAGUCAGAAACAUUUCCUGUGUAGUUUAUGAUGGAUCCACUGAUGAUGUAGGCAAAAUAGUGGAUGAAGAAUUUUGUGGGGAAAUAGAGCCUGUUGUUGAUGGCAGUAAGAAAAUGGUGCUUGAGGAAACAUGCACCCUACCUUGUCCAGGUGACUGUUAUUUAAAGGAGUGGUCAGAAUGGAGUCUUUGUCAGUUGACUUGUGUAAAUGGUGAAGAUCUUGGAUUUGGAGGAAUACAAGUACGAUCACGAGCAGUGAUGAUUCAAGACUUGGAAAAUCAACAUCUCUGUCCAGAGCAGGCUUUGGAAACUAGACAAUGUAAUGGUGGCCAGUGUUAUGAAUACAAGUGGAUGGCCAGUCCAUGGAAGGGAUCUUCUCGAACUGUAUGGUGCCAAAGGUCAGAUGGCUUAAACGUUACAGGAGGCUGUUUGGUGACGAACCAACCAGAUGUUGACAGGUCAUGUAAGCCAUCGUGCACCCAGCCCCAUUCUUACUGUAGUGAGAUGAGAACGUGUGCUUGUGAAGAAGGAUAUACUGAAGUCAUGUCUUCCAAUGGCACACUUGAGCAAUGCACUCUUAUCCCUGUGGUAGUCAUUCCCACAGUGGAGGACAAAAGGGGAGAUGUAAAAACCAGCCGAGCAGUGAACCCCACACAGACACCCAAUACCAAAUCAGGAAGAGGAAGGACUUGGUUUCUACAGCCUUUUGGACCAGAUGGGAAGCUGAAGACCUGGGUUUAUGGUGUAGCUGCUGGUGCAUUUGUUUUGCUCAUCUUUAUUGUUUCUAUGAUCUAUCUUGCUUGCAAAAAGCCAAAGAAGCCUCAGAGAAGACAGAACAACCGUCUGAAACCUUUAACACUGGCUUAUGAUGGAGAUGCAGACAUGUAAACUAUGACUUCCCAUCAACCUUAGUCUCUUGAAACUGUAGUGUUUAAAGGCAGCAUGUACAUUGUGUACAUUAUGGAGCAGAUGUUACAUUGCAAGACAAAAAAUAAUGACUUCAUAAUGGCCAUGGCUAUUCCAAGAAACAUGUUUUGUUCUAGACCAAUCAAUACAGCAAAUUGUGUUGGAAAAUUCCUGUAGCUGGAAAUUUUAACGCGGCCUUCUUUGAAAUUUAGGAACUGGGUAGUCACUUGUGUUUUCAGCCUAUGGUAGAUGACUUAAUAGUGACAUCAUCUCUGAAAGUCUUGAUGCCAAAACUAUCAACUCCAUUAACCUAUUGUACUCAGUAAGCAUGAAGAGAUCAUAUCAAGAUGUCUAGAAUGCUUUACUUACAACUUGUAUACUCAGUUGCCACCACAUAUGUAUUAAUCUGUCAAAUGAUAUAUUGGUUACAGAACAUCGUAGUGCAUAGCAACUUGUUAACUUUUAACUGAGAAUUGACAACCCACUGAGCAAGUCUGGCAUCUUGGCAGAUUCAAGACAGUUUUUCUUAAGCUGUUUUUCAAAAGGUGAAGAAGGACUUCCAAGACACUGUCUUGUAACCAGUUCCAGGUACAAAAGCCUUCCUACACACAAUUAUCAUGGAAAGAAACAUUUUCAGGUUCAAAAUUUUAUAGGAGGUCUGGAAAUUAAUAUCCACAUGUAAUAAGUUUUUACAUUCUCUAACUCUCCAACUGUUGCCUGCAACAUUUUUGCUAUAUGUAAGGCAAUUUUUUGCACUAUAUUAGUGCAGCAUGAUAUGCACUUAUUAACUAGUAUUGCCAUAGAAACUGCCUCUUUUCAAGAAAGGAUGAGGGGGUGGGUGAUGGGUCUUUUGCAAAUAGCAUCCAAUAGACCUUUAUCAAUACAUUCUCAAGUCCUAAUGAGAGUAGAGCUCAGUUUCUGGACUGUGACUGGAUCAGACCAGCUAAUACAAGUACUGUUUAUGCCAUUUCUUGUAACAGCAACUGUUUUGUAGUCAAUGCCAUGGCAGUAAUAUAAGUGUCUAGUUUCUGAUUCCGUCCUACUUCUACAGAAAAUAGAUUUUGAAGUUGA